GACAUUUUGAGAACAGGACUCCACCCUCCUUGAGCCUGAGCUCCUUGAGUGUAGCAGGCAUCUUCACACCAUGGUAAUCCUCAGAAUGGGAGGGGACUGUGUGUUUAAGUGCCAUCUUGAGUCUCACCCUUACCACCCCCCUGGCCCCACCCCACCUCACCCUGCCUGCCUGCCCUCCCUCCUAUGCUAAUGCUCCCAAUCCUCUUUGUGGGAGAGUGACGCGAGCUACUGUCAGAAACAGAGUUAAGCUGAGCAUGUAGUACAGGAGAGGAGUGUACCAGCGAGCAGCCGGCUCCUCUCCUCUCUCCUGGGGUCUGAUCUCCUGGGCCGCACCACUUGACGACUGCACAACAAGGCCAUUCUCAGAACAGUCUUAAAGCAUGAUGCGAGAUGUGAUCCAAGAAGGACAUUGCCAGUGCUUUUCAAAAACUUAAAAUUUUUUAACUUUUGAACUAUGAAAUUGUCAAUGUGGAUUUGAAGACUUUUUUUUGACAGAUUUGCUUUUCUAAUUUGACACUUCGACAGUCUCGCAUUGUUGGAUCUGAUAGCAUCAUUACUAAAAAAUUUUGUCAUUGCAUUUCGGAUUCAAUUUGAAAUAUCUCACAACAAAAUCAUGGAAUUGUAUUUUUGAAAGCAUAUGCUGAGAAGUGAUGAAAUCUGCAUUUUUAAGGUGAAACUGUCUCACAUGGUUGGACACUGGAGUGCUGAGGAACAGAUGGUGGGACAGCUUUCUGGGUUGUCAGGUGUGUCUGAAAGGAGUGCACUCAAAGCACUUGUCUAUCUCUUUUGAUUUCUACACAUUUCAGGGUGUUGGAAAAUUCUACCACUGCUCAUUUGGGAUUCUUAACAUGGAAUUUUAGUUACACUUUUACACUGGUAAUAAGUAUUGUGUGCUGGUGGGCGUACUGUGGACAUUCGUAACCCUGGAUUUCCAAGAGAUGGAGGGUCAUUGUUUUGACCGCUUUGGAGAGGGAGAGAGGGACAACUACCAGAUCGACUACCGGAGGAUCGUAGGGGACACUGAGCCCGCGCGACCCAGGAUCAUGAACCGUGAUGGGGAGCCUCAUCCCUACGGAGCCUUCAGUCACUCCACCGCCCACAGUCACGGCCACGAGACAGCCGCACAAAGAUACAGCGCCACGCGGAUCCAAGCAGGAUAUGAGCCCGAGAGUAUGGCAGAUUACCUGAUCAGCGGAGGUACUGGAUAUGUCCCAGAAGAUGGCCUGACAGCACAGCAGCUCUUUGCUAUUGGGGAUGGUCUGACAUACAAUGACUUCCUCAUCCUCCCCGGCUUCAUAGACUUUACUUCAGAUGAAGUGGAUCUCACCUCAGCACUGACACGGAAGAUCACACUGAAAACCCCUCUGAUCUCCUCUCCCAUGGAUACGGUGACUGAGUCCUCUAUGGCCAUCGCCAUGGCAUUAAUGGGUGGAAUUGGGAUUAUCCAUCAUAAUUGCACUGCUGAGUUUCAAGCCAACGAAGUGCGCAAAGUCAAGAAAUUCGAGCAGGGCUUUAUCACUGACCCUGUGGUCAUGAGUCCACACCACACAGUGGGAGAUGUGUUCGAGGCAAAGGUCCGGCACGGCUUCUCCGGGAUUCCUGUUACUGAGACUGGGAAAAUGGGUAGCAAGCUGGUUGGCAUCGUGACAUCCAGAGACAUAGACUUUCUGUCAGAGAAGGACCACGACAGACCGCUAGCAGAAGCAAUGACAAAAAGAGAAGAUUUAGUAGUAGCCCCAGCUGGAGUGACAUUAAAAGAAGCCAAUGACAUUCUGCAGCGGAGCAAAAAAGGCAAGCUUCCCAUAGUGAAUGACAGUGAUGAGCUGGUGGCCAUCAUCGCCCGGACAGACUUGAAAAAGAAUAGAGAUUAUCCACUGGCCUCUAAAGACUCCAGGAAGCAGCUGCUGUGUGGGGCGGCUAUUGGCACCAGGGAGGACGACAAGUACAGACUGGACCUCCUCAUGCAGGCCGGGGUGGACGUGGUUGUAUUGGAUUCUUCACAGGGAAACUCAGUUUACCAGAUAAAUAUGAUCAACUACAUCAAACAGAAAUAUCCCGAGCUGCAGGUGGUGGGAGGAAAUGUGGUGACGGCUGCUCAGGCUAAAAACUUGAUAGACGCUGGAGUGGAUGCCCUCCGAGUGGGAAUGGGCUGCGGCUCCAUCUGUAUCACUCAGGAAGUAAUGGCAUGUGGCCGACCUCAGGGAACCUCCGUGUACAAAGUAGCAGAAUAUGCACGGCGCUUUGGGGUGCCUGUAAUCGCAGACGGUGGCAUACAGACAGUGGGACAUGUGGUGAAAGCUUUGGCGCUUGGUGCAUCUACAGUAAUGAUGGGAUCCUUGCUCGCGGCUACCACCGAAGCUCCAGGAGAGUACUUCUUUUCGGACGGUGUACGGUUGAAGAAAUACCGCGGCAUGGGCUCGUUGGACGCCAUGGAGAAAAACAACAGCCAGAAGCGCUAUUUCAGUGAAGGAGAUAAGGUCAAAGUAGCUCAAGGGGUGUCUGGCUCGGUACAAGAUAAAGGCUCCAUCCAUAAGUUUGUUCCCUACCUCAUCGCUGGUAUCCAACAUGGCUGCCAGGACAUAGGAGCAAAGAGUUUGUCAAUAUUACGGUCUAUGAUGUACUCUGGAGAGCUGAAGUUUGAGAAGAGAACCAUGUCGGCACAGAUGGAGGGCGGUGUCCAUGGCCUUCACUCUUACGAGAAGCGACUAUACUGAAACGGGAAGGAGAGGAAGCACUGUGCUCGGACCAAAUAUCCCCACAACUAUAACUGCACGUAAAAAAUGAACAGAAACUCACCUCUUAACUCUUAUUUUAUUGUGAUCACACUAUGUUCCAACAGUCUCAAGUUAGAGCCAGACAGACACACGGUGCAAGCUACUUUUCUUGAUAACAUUUACUGCUAGUGGAGCAAUAUCCCUACCUCACUCCAAAGUCUUGUUGCACCUUGACUGGAUGACACAGGAGCAUGUGUUUUAUAUAAACUUGAAGAUGGAUGCUUUGCACAUGUUUUUAAUUAAGCUUUGUAGGAGAGGUAAUAUUAAAGAGGGGGUAUUAUACUCAUAUGGGGUAUAAACUGCUAACACAUAACAUAUUUCC